CGUGGAACACAAACCCAGCGACCACCAUUCAAUAAACUGAACAGCCAUGUCGCAGGUGCAGCAUGCCCUCCAUAAGCUGCUGCUGCCGCUGCUGAGGUCUGCGUCUCCACAGGCAGCCCUAGUGCCGGUGCUCGUCUGUUCUCUUCUCGUCAUCCUGGUCGUGCGCCGUUUUGGGAUGGCCACCGCAAGAGAGCAGCUGCUGAGCAAGCUGCCUUCCCCCAGCUUCAGGCUGCCGAUCAUCGGCCACCUGCACCUCGUCGGCUCCCUCCCGCACAUCUCCCUCCGCGACCUCGCCGCCAAGCACGGCCGCGACGGGCUCAUGCUCCUCCGCCUCGGCGCCGUCCCGACGCUCGUCGUGUCGUCGCCGAGCGCCGCGCAGGCCGUGCUGCGCACGCACGACCACGUCUUUGCGUCCAGGGCCUACUCCCCCGUCACCGAAAUCCUGUUUUACGGCCCCUCGGAUGUCGCCUUCUGCCCCUUCGGCGAGCACUGGCGGCAGGUCAAGAAGAUCGCCACCACACACCUCCUCACGAAUAAGAAGGUCCGCUCCUACCGCCAUGCACGCGAGUACGAGGUGACGUUGGUCUUGGCCAAGAUUAGCGAUGCAGCAUCCAGAUGCACCGCCAUCGACUUGAGUGAUCUGCUUAGUGCCUUCGCAUGCGACAUCGUGUGCCGUGUCGUCUCCGGCAAGCUUUUCAGGAAACAAGGCCACAACAAACUCUUUCGGGAGCUCAUUGACGCCAACGCAUUGCUUAUCGGCGGAUUUAACCUAGAGGACUACUUUCCCAAGUUGGUGAAGCUGGACAUCAUCAAGAGGAUGGUUUGUGCCAAAGCUCGAAAGGUUAAUAAGAUGUGGGAUGAUCUGCUCAAUAACCUCAUCGAUGAGCAUGCAAGCAAGCUGACGUUAUUAGAACACAACAAGGAGGAGAAUGACUUCAUCGAUGUGUUGCUUACUAUUCAACACGAGUACAACCUUACGAGAGACCAUAUUAAAGCCCAGUUGGCGGUCAUGUUCGAAGCUGGGACUGAUACAUCAUUCAUAGUACUGGAAUAUGCGAUGGUUCGACUCGUGCAAAAUCCCCACCUAAUGCAGAAGCUACAAGGCGAGUUGAGGAGUUCUAUACCGAAGGGAAAAGAACUGGUUACCAUAGACGAUAUCAGCAAUUUUGCUUAUCUGGAGGCGGUCAUCAAAGAGACACUUCGGCUCCAUAUGCCCGCACCGCUCCUUGUGCCCCACCUCUCCAUGGUCGACUGCAAUAUCAACGGCUACAAGAUACCAUCAGGAAUGCGUACCAUCAUCAACAGCUGGGCCCUUGCAAGGGACCCUAGCAGUUGGGAGAAUGCAGAGGAUUUCAUGCCCGAGCGGUUCAUGGAUGGCGGUACUGCCGCAACUAUGGACUAUAAGGGAAAUGCCUUCUCCUACUUGCCCUUUGGAACUGGGCGGAGGAUGUGCCCAGGCUUCAACUUCGCGAUUGCAACCAUUGAAAUCAUGCUAGCAAAUCUCGUGUACCACUUCGACUGGAAGCUACCAGAAGAGUCAAUGAAAGGCGGCAUCAGUAUGGCUGAAUUAUUUGGGGUGACAAUACGCCGGAAGGAAAAGCUCCUUCUUGUCCCUGUAGUGCCACAAGAUAAAGAUACUGGUCCAUAGUCUCGUGUGUGUGUGUGUAUGGUCUCAUGCACUCUGCAUACAUAAUAGUAUUGUGCAUGUGAAUAUUGGACUUAUUGGUAAUCACAACUGCAUUGAAUAAACAAAGCAUUGAACAAAAAAAUAUAAUACCAUAUUUGUCA